CUCCACCCGCUGCUCCCUCCUCCCUCCCUCCCUCCCUCUCUCUCUCUCUCUCUCUCUCUCUCUAUCUAUCUAUCUCUCUCUCUGUGGCUUGGAGAUUCGGUGCGUGGCAGCUCGAUCUCGAUUGGCUUCGGGAGUUCGUCGGGGCAGAUCUCGGGAGUUCGGGAAGAGUGAUUGGAUCCUGUCUCCUGUGAAUCGAAGAUGCCGGCAGUGAACGGAGCUCGCCUCACCACGUUCGAGGACUCCGAGAAGGAGAGCGAGUACGGUUAUGUCCGCAAGGUGUCAGGACCUGUGGUCGUUGCUGAUGGGAUGGCUGGGGCAGCAAUGUACGAGCUAGUCCGUGUCGGACAUGAUAAUCUGAUUGGUGAAAUUAUUCGUUUGGAAGGAGAUUCGGCAACUAUCCAAGUUUAUGAGGAAACUGCUGGGUUGACGGUGAAUGAUCCCGUUCUGAGGACUCACAAGCCUCUGUCAGUGGAGUUGGGUCCUGGAAUCUUGGGAAAUAUUUUUGACGGAAUUCAGAGGCCCUUGAAAACCAUUGCAAAAAGAUCUGGUGAUGUCUAUAUCCCUCGCGGUGUCUCAGUCCCAGCAUUAGACAAAGACAUUCUCUGGGAGUUUCAACCCAAAAAGCUGGGUGAAGGCGAUCUUCUAACAGGGGGAGACUUGUAUGCUACUGUCUUCGAGAAUAGUCUUAUGCAACAUCAUGUGGCUCUGCCUCCUGAUUCUAUGGGAAAAAUCACUUACGUUGCACCACCUGGGCAAUAUUCAUUGAAGGAUACUGUCCUGGAGCUUGAGUUUCAAGGUGUCAAAAAGCAAUUCACCAUGCUUCAGACUUGGCCAGUACGUACACCAAGGCCAGUUGCAUCGAAACUUGCCGCUGAUACCCCCUUGCUUACUGGCCAGCGUGUGCUUGAUGCGCUGUUCCCUUCUGUGCUUGGUGGAACUUGUGCCAUACCCGGAGCCUUUGGCUGUGGGAAAACUGUUAUUAGCCAAGCCCUUUCUAAGUAUUCUAAUUCAGAAACUGUUGUUUAUGUUGGUUGUGGGGAAAGAGGAAAUGAAAUGGCUGAGGUGCUUAUGGAUUUCCCUCAAUUGACAAUGACAUUGCCUGAUGGCCGUGAAGAAUCUGUUAUGAAGCGUACCACACUUGUAGCCAACACUUCCAACAUGCCUGUGGCUGCUCGUGAGGCAUCAAUCUAUACAGGGAUCACCAUUGCUGAAUACUUUAGAGAUAUGGGCUACAAUGUGAGUAUGAUGGCAGAUUCAACUUCUCGUUGGGCAGAAGCUUUGCGUGAAAUCUCUGGGCGGUUGGCAGAAAUGCCUGCAGAUAGUGGGUAUCCAGCUUAUCUGGCGGCUCGUUUAGCAUCUUUCUAUGAACGUGCUGGUAAAGUGAAGUGUCUUGGUGGGCCAGAGCGUACAGGCAGUGUCACAAUUGUUGGUGCUGUCUCUCCUCCUGGAGGAGAUUUCUCGGAUCCCGUCACAUCUGCAACUCUUAGCAUUGUGCAGGUCUUCUGGGGUCUGGAUAAGAAACUGGCCCAGAGAAAACAUUUUCCUUCAGUGAACUGGCUUAUAUCCUAUUCGAAGUACUCAACGGCAUUGGAGUCUUUCUAUGAGCAAUUUGACCCAGAUUUCAUCAACAUCAGGACAAAGGCUCGUGAGGUGCUGCAGAGAGAAGAUGACUUAAAUGAAAUUGUGCAGCUUGUGGGCAAAGAUGCUUUAGCUGAGGCGGAUAAGAUUACCCUGGAAACAGCGAAGCUUUUGAGGGAGGAUUAUCUCGCUCAGAAUGCAUUUACCCCGUACGAUAAAUUUUGCCCUUUCUACAAGAGUGUGUGGAUGAUGCGCAACAUUAUCCAUUUCUGUAAUUUGGCCAAUCAGGCUGUUGAGAGAGGUGCUGGUAUGGACGGUCAGAAGAUAACAUACACCCUCAUUAAGCACCGCUUGGGCGAUCUAUUCUACCGCUUAGUGUCCCAGAAAUUCGAGGACCCAGCUGAAGGAGAAGAAGCUCUCGUCGCAAAAUUCAGGAAGUUACACGAGGAUUUGACUGCAGGCUUCCGCAACCUUGAGGAUGAAACCCGAUAAGUUAUUUGAGAUCUUCAUGGGCCAACUUCGUGAAGCCUCUUUGUGGAAUUCUCUUUUUGUUGCUGCUUAAGGAUUGGAGUGUCGAUAGAUAAAUCUUUGGACAUCGACUGAGUUAGAGCAGUGGUCUAUAGUAGCAGUUUCUGCAUGUCAUGUCCUGUUUGAGCGAUUCUAUUUAAAAUAAGAUAGGUUCUUGUUGAGGUUCCUUGAUGUACAUGUGCGGCACGGCGUAAACGUGUUUUAUCUUCCUUUGCCAUCUCUUUGUUAUGAAUAAAUUAUUUUGGGCUUGCUUAAUCAUGUGGUUUUGCGUGGUUUUGCUCAAGUAUGGGGAA